CCAUAUAGCGUGGGCGGCGACAUAGGAGAUCCACGCCGCGGCCGCAGGACAUAAGAGCAAUGAAGAAAAAAGAAAAGAAAACUAUUCAAGAUCGUAGAUGACAUUGACAAGCUCGAUUGCUGGGGUUUACUGUCUCGUACAUGAGCCAUGGUACAGCAACCUACAUGCAUGAUAUGAACAGCCAUCCCUUGCCCUUGCUAUCAAAUCCACCUUCCACAUUCUCCACAUCACACACAGAAAACCCAGAUUUACAAAUCCAGUCAAACAACCCAAUCCCUCCUAACCCCAUUCCAAUUCCAAUCCACUGUCUUCCACAUCGGGGAGGUUGGAGACCCCUCCAUGGCCCCGACAUGGACAUGAUCGGCGGGGGAGGUAGGUGUUAGUGCGCGCGUGGGAUACUUUUUUUAUAUUGUAUCUGUGUAUCGACGAUCGGACCAGACAAUCCUGGCCGCAGAGCCGCCUCUUAAUGUGAGGAUUUGAAGAUUCGAGGCGGGAUUUUUACCCUUUCUUCCGAAGAUAUAGCGGGGAAUUGGGAUUGGUGAGUUGAGGUUGUGGGAUAUUUUUGAAGUUUUUUCUGUCUUUGCUUAUGUGCCUAACGUA